UAGCUGCUACAGAGUGAACGCAUUAACUUACAGAAGAAAAAAAAGCAAUAGUGAUAUGAUGAUUUUCCAAGCUUUAACCCUCUGCUGCCUGGCUCUGGUCUCCGGUAUUGCGGCCAAUACGGUGUCCACCAACGAGACGGACUGCCCACAAUUCUGUGCGGCCAUUUAUCGUCCAGUGUGCGCCACCGAUGGAAAGAUCUUCAAGGAAUUCGCCAGCGAAUGCAACCUGCAGUCGGACAACUGUCGCCGCGAGCGUAACAAGAUUUCGGCGUAUACUGAAACCGAUGCAGCUUGGUGCAGCUCCGAGCUAGUGGACAAUCUUCACGAUAAGCUCGGCAGCUUCAGGCUCGAUCUUGAGGAAUGCUUCAAGCCCUGCUCGAUGAUCUAUCAACCCAUCUGUGUGACCAAUGGCAAAUAUCGUUCCCAGCUGAGCAACGUUUGCCUAUUGGAGACCUUCAACUGCGCCCUGCAGGUUAGUGGCGCCCAGACCACCGAACUGCUGCGUGUCCUGCGCGAGUCUGCCUGCUAGAAAGCACCUAAAAUCUAAAACUGAACGGAACAAUACAGGCUAAAUUUUCUUGCUGUU